AUGGCUACUAAUACUUAUACAACACGACAAGCUGCUUCAAUUGGUCUUCAACCAGGUAAUUUAAUUGGGGAAACACAUUAUGUUACUGAAACCCAAAUAACACCACCGAUAAAACAACGUGUUCGAAAUACAAAACUUUUAAGUACGAAUAUAAGUCGAUGCCAAUGCUGUUGUCCACCAGUUGCAUCAUCCUUAUGUCGUUCAUGUUUAUGUCCUUGCUGGGCUUAUUUACUUAUUGGUAUUCUUCUUGCAUUACUUCUUGCAGCGUUGGCUGUCGAACUUGGUUUUCUGUCUCGUAUGAUUUCUUAA